GUGCGCCGGCUUUGUGUGUUGUUGCCUGCAGGGAUGCCGGCUCGGCGUGAACAGUCCGAAAAUGGUGGGCAUCCUUGAUGUGGUAUGGGGAGGGCGCCGCGGCCAGCUUGCUUCCCUCGGAAUGUAGGGCAGGCAGCCCCGCCGGCCUUGCAGGCAACGAACGAACCAGGGGCGAAGCGCUUAUGCGGGGCGACCGCUCGCCGGUUCGAUGUAUCGACUGCAAUCAAUCUUAUUUGGCUUGCGUGGGACGGUUGGGAGUUUGGCCGUGGGCCGCUCUCUCGUGCGUGGCGCUCCUGCUUGCUCGCCCAGCGUCAGAGCCCAACCGAAAGUAG